AUGGAAUCUGCCUCUCAGAAACGCCGAGCUGCUCGUCGCGAUGACCGCCGCUUUCGCGAGCUCUAUCGUUACUUCCAGCCCGCCAACCCUGCUGCUCUGCUAUACCCUCAGUAUGUGCCUCCUGGCGAGGAGGACCCGGCGCGGCCUGUGUCGGAUAACGUCGAGGACGCCAACAUCUCCCUGGCCUCGGUGCCCUCGGCGCCCACGGGCCCUCCUACCACCGCCGAAGACGCUCUCUGGAUCGGAUGCACCAACGAUACCCGGUUUGGGCCCAAACUCAACCAGACUACCGUGGCACUUCCUGCGUCGGACAAGGAUCAUUAUCACUUCCAUAUCGUCGAAGAUUUGAGCGCCAAUGAGGCCUACAAGAACCUUCCCUUUGUGGCAGGUCCUCCGCACUUUCGAUUCUACGCUGGCACGCCCUUGACGACAGAAAACAAGAUCAACAUUGGUGCUUUUUUCGUCCUCGAUCCCGAACCUCGAUCUGGCCUCACCCAAACGGAAAAAGACACACUCGGUACUUUGGCCGCCCUGGCGAUGGAUUUUCUCCGUGUCAGCCGCCAGGCAUCCGAAGGACGGCGUGCUGCUCGACUCUCUCGCGGCCUGAGCUGCUUCGUAGAGGGGAGUUCCAGUUUUGUCGACGGUAUGAAUUCCUCGCGCACCCCCUUUUCGGUUCGGGAACCCACCUCGCCCCCUGCUGCCAUCUCCCGGUCUCGCGGGUCGCGGGGGUCGCGGGGUUCGCGGGGUUCUCGCGGUAGCAGCACCGAUUUUCGUCCCAGUCGAUCACCGGUGCUUUCACAGAGUGGUGAAGGCGGCAUGUCCGGCGCUUCGUCAGAGGACAAGGCGGAGACGGGGACAUCGUCCGAUGCCACCACACCACUGCCAGACUGGCUCGUCGCCGGGCACAAAGGCGAGCCAAGCCGGACGGGGGACGAGAUGCAUAGCAAUCUAUGGGCCUUCCGACGGGCGGCCAAUCUCAUCCGCGAGAGUCUCGAGUUGUCUGGGGACAGCGGAGUGAUUUUUCUGGAGAGCAGCAACACCCCGCUGGACGGCGACAACGGGCGAUUGGAUUACUUUGAUGAUCCGGGGACCUCGGCGCACGUCCUGGCCAUAUCGACCAACGAACAACCGUUUGCGCCCGAGCCGGGUUCGGCUUCGAAAUGUCCCGCUGCCAAUUUCGACCGGCGGUUCCUGCAGCAGGUCCUCCGUCGCUAUCCCAAGGGGAAGAUCUGGUCGUUCCAUCGCGACCGCAGUCUCUUCACCUCGUCGGACGACGACGACAAGCCUGGUCCCGACUCCCCUGUUUCUAUUGUCAAAACGCCGCCGGACGGCCCCCGUGGGAAUGCAAAGAAGUGGCGCGCCACCGAAACUGCCAUGUUGGGCAAGUAUUUUCCCAAUGCCAGUCAGGUGCUUUUCGUGCCUCUCUGGAACCCUGCAAGCUCGCAGUGGUUCGCCGGCUGUUUCUGCUGGAACUGCAAUGAGACUCAGGUGUUCAGCUCUUCCGUGGAGCUCGCUUCCAUCAUGGGGUUCGGAUACUCGAUCAUGGCUGAAUACAGUCGCGUCGAGUCUGUGAUUGCGGAUCGACAGAAGGGUGAUUUUAUCGGGAGCAUCUCGCACGAGCUCCGGAGUCCUCUACACGGAAUUCUGGCGGCAACUGAAUUCAUGGACGGAACACGUCUCAGUGAGUUCCAGAAGUCCUUGUUGGACACGAUCAACGCGUGCGGCCGUACCCUGCUCGACACCAUGAACCAGGUCCUGGACUUCAGCAAGAUUGUCUCGCUUGAGAAGAGCUGGCGCCAGAUCAGACGGUCGCGUGACAACCGGCGUGAAGUAGACAACCUGAAGGGAGUGGAUAGCAUGGCAGCUCUUCUCGAUUCCUACGUUUGUGAAGAUAUUGCCCUGCUUGCGGAAGAGGUGGUGGAAGGGGUCUGUCUGGGCCAUGCUUACGGCCGUUCCACGUCCUCGGGGUCCUCUCCACCCACGGCACUGUCGCAACCGACCACCAGUCCCCUAUCGACACCAGGCAAGGAGGGUGUCACGCGCCCUGAGGUGGAAGUUAUUGUGGAUAUCGAAGAGGGGAACUGGGUGUUCAGGACCCAACCGGGUGCGUUGCGUCGGAUUAUCAUGAACAUUUUCGGAAAUUCGAUGAAGUACACCGAGCGGGGCCGUGUGUCGCUUCGCCUAGAGUCAGUCCAGGCGGAUGAAGCGCAGUCGAGUCGAAAGGAGUCGGAACAGCUGGUCCUGUUGACGGUGGCGGACACAGGCAAGGGUAUCUCGGAAGAUUUCCUUCGCGCGCGUCUGUACACGCCUUUUGCGCAGGAAGACACUCUGGCGGUCGGCACCGGCCUUGGACUUGCCAUCGUUCGCAGCAUCGUCAAGUCGCUGGAAGGCCAUAUCAGCAUCAGAAGUCAUGCCGGAGAAGGGACGGUAGUGAAAGUAUCUCUACCUCUGACCCGACCGUCCCCGGACGAAGCGGCGUCUGUCGACUCGCGGUCGCACCAGCAACUGUCAUCCCAGGAUAUGCAUGAGCUGCGGAAUAUGUAUGCCGAGAAAACGGUCGCGAUUCUGGGAUUCGAUCCGAAAGCGUCCAACAACUCGGAACUGUCUCGCGUCAUGGCUCGCUAUAUUACCGACUGGUUCGGUCUCAAGCUCGAGUCCUGGCCACCUCAGGGCCCUGUCGACGUCUUACUGGCCCAGGACUAUGAUCUGACCGAGGAGGUGAAGGCUCAGUCCUUCCCCCGCUCAUCGGCCCUGAUUGUGUUGUGCAGCAACGCCGUUGAGCAUGACUCUCACCGGCGGGCCUGGUUGUCGCUGGCGGCAUCCAUUGAUUUCCUACGUCGACCGUGUGGUCCUCACAAGUUGGCGCGGAGCAUUCUGCGAUGCGUGAAACAGUUGUCCGUAUCUCCCGCUCAGCCUGUCAGCCAGCACCCGUUGGCAGAUCGCACACGUUCUGCAGAGACUGCCGACGGACCAGGAGAGUUGGGAGGUAGCUCUGAUGCGGCAGGUGGCGAUUCAGUUAAGGAGCCGCUUGACCAGCAACCGCGUGAACCAGACACGACAACAGGAGGACCUCCGGAGCCAGCGCAGACUCCAGACGAAUCACCUCAACCUGUCGAUGGAGUUGAUGGGUGCACUGCAGCCACGGCACCGGCCUCCCCGGAGCCAGAACAGAUUGAUCCCGCGCCGUCUGUCCCCGAGCAACGUCGUAAUUCGGCCCUGUCACGGCCCAUCAACGUGCUGGUGGUGGAUGACAAUCAGAUCAAUCUGCGGCUGCUCCUAACGUACCUGAAACGACGAAACAUCGGGGUUCUAGACUCGGCGGAGAAUGGCAAGAUGGCGGUGGAAGCACUGGAGAAAAGGCCGGAGGGGUAUGACAUAAUCUUCAUGGACAUCUCCAUGCCAGUCAUGAACGGCUUCGAGGCAACGCGCGCCAUCCGCGCCAUCGAAAACGAGCGUGACGGGCAGAAACCAGCGACGAUCAUCGCGCUGACGGGCCUGAGCAGCGCGCGCGACGAGACAGAGGCAUUGACGUCGGGCGUGGACCUGUUCCUGACCAAACCCGUUUCCUUGAAGGAAGUGUCCCGCUUGCUGGACGAGUGGGAGUCGAAGCAGAAGAACGCGUGA